AGAGAGAGAGAGAGAGAGAAAGAGAGAGAGAGAGAGAGAGAGAGAGAAAGACAGACAGACAAAGAGAGAGAGAGAGAGAGAGAGAGAGAGAGAGAGAGAGAGAGAGAGAGAGAGAGAGAGAGAGAGAGAGAGAGAGAGACAGACAGACAAAGAGAGAGAGCGAUACCCCGGGGGCAUAACUCAGACACUGAAACAGUCAUCACCUUCCAAGGACCAGAACAGCACAAGUUGGAAAAGAGGCUAAUUCAAACUUGAAAAUAUAAACUUUAAGGUUAUCCUGACACCAGGAAAGGACUGAGGACUCUAUUCAUACCUGUCCCCAAGGAGACGACAAGGACAGCCCAAGGACAGACACACAGCAGCAUCAGGAGGAGGUGAGAGAGACUACAGACCAACUAACCAUGGCGUCAUUCGAACCUCAGGGCCAGUCUCCUCCUUGCUGUGGCCCCCAGUUCCCCAGCCUGGGCCAGGAACCUCCAGAACUCAGCAUGUACAGUGACUGCUACUACCCCCCUCCUUCGCUCCCCAGCCCCCAGCGCACCACCCCCACCUCCUAUGACUACAGCACCUCCUCCCCCAACCCUUACCUGUGGUUUAACGGAUCCGGCAUCAACGCUCCCCCAUACCUGGCCACCACCGGGCCCCCAGGUAACCCCGGGCCCCCUUUCGUUCCCCAGCACUAUGGGAUGCAGAGGCCUUACCUGGGGCCCGGCGGGGCAGGGGUCCCUGGGGGGGAGCUGGGCUGGUUCUCUCUGCCCUCACAGGAAGACCUGAUGAAGCUGGUCCGCCCGCCCUACUCCUACUCCGCUCUCAUCGCCAUGGCGAUCCACGGCGCCCCGGAGCGGCGGCUGACCCUGAGUCAGAUCUACCAGUACGUGGCCGAUAACUUCCCCUUCUACAACAAGAGCAAGGCUGGCUGGCAGAACUCCAUCAGACACAACCUGUCACUCAACGACUGCUUUAAGAAGGUCCCCAGAGACGAGGACGACCCUGGUAAGGGUAACUAUUGGACACUAGACCCAAACUGUGAGAAGAUGUUUGACAAUGGAAACUUCCGUCGUAAAAGGAAGAGGAAGUCUGAUUCACUGUCUGGAGGAGAGGGGGGGUCAGGGGGGUCGGAGCCAGGUGACCCCAACAACCGGGGGAGCCCCGAACCCCCCAGCAACCACGGGAUCGACAUGUCUCCCACGCCAGAGAGAAUCCCCACCCCUUCAACCACAGGUCCCACCCCUUGCUUGAGCAGCUUCCUGUCUGAGAUGUCUGGAGUGGUGUCAGGGGGAGCCAAUGAGAUCGUAGGAGAUUCGCUGAACCGGGCCCUCCCCAUAAGCCUUACCCUGGAUGGGACCCAGAGGCCUACACAGCCUGGGGGUUUUGCUAGUUACUCCCCCAGCUCGGGUGCUUCGGAGUGGGCUUCCCAGCUGCCGCCUCCCCCUGGCCUCUCCUCGCCCACCCACUCUUCCCUGGGUUACAGCAGCCCCAUCCUCAGCCAGUUCAAUGGGCAUUUCUACCCCGGCUUGGGCUCAGCAAGCAUCCUAUACCCACGGGAAGGCACAGAGGUCUGAACAGACUGAUAGAGGGGGAGACAGGGAUGGGCAGAAGUUAGCUAGAGGUCUAAAGACACUAAAGAAAGAAGAGUGAGAAAGAGAGACAGGAUUCUACCUGAGACUGAACUGAACCGUCUGCUGACACACACAUACACACACAGUAAUCAGUUAAAGCUGACAGGGCGGGACUCAGUUGCGUGUGACAGCAGGAUGAGCAGGGCCUGGUUCCCACAGAAACAGCCGAGUCAGCAUCGAUGAUGCUUCACGCACACACGCAUGCACACACACACACACGCACACAAAUGCGCGCACACACACCUGUUUAAUCAUCUAUAAUUGCUGACUGUCAUGACUGACAGUUUUAAUUUGUAUAUAGUUUUAUUGAUUGUGUUUCUUUUAUUGUUUAUAUAUGUUAUUUUAUAGUUUAUGUAUGUGUUUUUAUCUCUGAGUGCUUGGGUCCAACAUAUUUGUUCAACAUUGUAGAAUAUUGUUUUGCGAUGGAUGGCUCAGAUCUGGGUUCAAAUCUGGGUUCAAAUCCAUGUGUUUUGUUAUUUGAAUAUAUUUUGCUGUGUAUUUAAUUAUUUUUCAAAUACACAGCUCAAAACAAGUAUUUUUAUUUGAGUAUUUGAAUGGUUAUUUGUAAAAAAAACAAAUAGUUGACCACAUUUAAUUUGAAAGUAUUUUCGAAUAUUUAUUUCAAAUACAAUUUUUUAAAUAUCUGGAUUAAAUGCAUGGGAGUAUAUUCGAGUCAGUGUAUAUGAGUAUUCCCAAAUAAAUUCCAAUAUUCAACAACUUGUUUUUUCUAAUAAAUGUGAUCUGAAUACUUGU